AGAAAGUUAGAUCGGACUGUUCUGAAGUUUCUACAGAAUGAGCGGUGGGAGCGGUAGAGUCAGGGUUGCUGUGCCGGUGUGCAGUCCCUCCAGGGAGCCCCGCUGCCUGCUCCUUCUCCUCCUUCUCGCCCCGAUCCUGAGCGAGUGUAAGACGGUCAGAUAUUCCACGUACGAGGAGCAAGAGGCCGGCACGGUGAUCGGGAACCUGGCCGCCGACCUGCAGCUGGAGGCGGCCGGCGGGGCUGAGAGCGGCUUCCGCCUGAUGCCCGAGUGUAACGGCUCGGUGCCGCUGACGGUCAGGGUGACGGUGAGGGAGAGGGACGGUGAGCUGACGGUGGCGAGCCGCAUUGACCGGGAGCAGCUUUGCGGUCAGCAGGAACCGUGCCUGCUGCUGCUGGAUGUGGUCAGCUUCUCCCGGGACAGGUUCCUGCUGAUCCACGUGGAGAUCCAAGUGCUGGACAUUAAUGACCAUUGGCCCGAGUUCCCCCACAGCCACAUCGAGCUGGAAAUCUCCGAGAGCUCGGCCCCGGGCACACGGCUCCCUCUGCCCGCCGCUCGGGACGCCGACACCGGCUCGCACUCGGUGCGGGGCUACGAGCUCUCGGUGAACGGUCACCUGGAGCUGGAGCUGCCGCCCGGGGCCGGGCCCGGGCCCGGGGCCGGGGAGCAGCCGCUCCCGCUGCUGGUCCUGGUGAAGCCCCUGGACCGGGAGACCCAGGACGAGCUGAAGCUGCAGCUCCGAGCCCGGGACGGGGGCGAGCCGCCUCGGAGCGGGGACGCGCGGCUCACCGUGCGCGUCCUCGACGACAACGACAACGCUCCGGCCUUCGAGAGCGGCUCCUUGGAGCUGGAGCUGCCGGAGGACACGGCCCCGGGCUCGGUGCUGCUACAACUCGAGGCCCGGGACCCGGACCAAGGCGCGAACGGCGAGCUCCGGUACAGCUUCAGCCCGAGGCUCGAGGCCGCGGCUCGCCGCCUCUUCCGCCUGGAGCCGCGCUCCGGCCGCCUCAGCCUGCACGCGCCGCUCGACCACGAGGCGCGCGACCGCUUCGAGCUGGAGGUGGAGGCGCGCGACCUGGGCGCCCGGCCGCGCGCCUCGAGCUGCCGGGUGACGGUGCGCGUGCUGGACGUCAACGACAACGCGCCGGAGAUCCGCGUGAGCGCGCUGUGGCCGGGGCUGGCGGGCACGAGCACGGGCACGGGCACGAGCGAGGCGGCGGCGGCCUCGGGCCUGGCGUCCAUCACCGAGGCGGCGGAGCCGGGCAGCUUCGUGGCGCUGGUGAGUGUGUGGGACCGGGACUCCGGAGCUAACGGCCGCCUCUCGGUGUCACUGCUCGGGCCCCGGCAGCUCGAGCUGAGAGCGGCCUACGGCAACAACCACCACAUGAUCCUCACGGCGGAGCGGCUCGACCGGGAGCGGCACAGCGACUAUAACGUGACGCUGGUGGCCGAGGACCAGGGCCCGGAGCCCCGCCGCACCGUGCGGCCCUUCACCGUCACCGAUGUGAACGACAACGCGCCCGCCUUCCCCCGCUCCGUCUACCGCCUGUCGCUGGCGGAGAACAACCCGCCCGGGGCCCAGCUCGGUACCGUCCGGGCCCGUGACCCUGACCUGGGCGUGAACGGCCGCCUGACCUACCGCCUGCUGCAGCAGCGGGAGCCGGGGCCUGGGCCUGGGCCUGGGCGGGGGCCCGGGCCGGAGCCGGGGCCUGGCCUGCAGCCUCCUGCCGUCGCUGUGGAGCCUCACAGCGGCUCCCUGUUGGCGCUGCGGCCCCUGGACCGUGAGGAGCUGCCCGAGCUCGAGCUGCUGCUGCAGGCGACAGACGGCGGUUCCCCGCCGCUCAGCGGCUCCACCACCGUCCGCCUGGUCAUCACCGACCGGAACGACAACGCGCCGCUCAUCACUCACCCCCCGGGCCCGCUCCCGGCCCCGGCCCCGGGCCCGGGCCCGGCUCCUCCCGGGAACCGCUCCGCCGCCGCCGCCUCCGCCGCCAAGAUGGCGCUGCCCGGGGGCGCGCCCCGCGGUUACCUGGCGGCGCGCGUGCGGGCCCAGGACCCGGACGAGGGGCCGAACGGCCGCCUCAGUUACCGGAUCGUGAGCGGGGAGCCGCCCGGGCUGUUCACCAUCCGCUCGGACACCGGGGAGGUGUACCUGGGCCGCCCGCUGCCGCCCCCCGUGUCCCCCGGGGCCGGGCCCGGGGCCCUCCGCCUGGUGGUGGCGGUCAGUGACGGCGGCCUGCCCUCCCUGUCCUCCACCGUCACCCUGAGCUUCACGGUGGGGCCCGAGCCGCCCCCCGAGGCUCCGGCCGCCGCCGCCGCCUCCCCGGGCCCGGGACAGCGGAGCUGGGACACCUCCUUCACCGUGAUCGCGGUGCUGGCCGCCGGCUGCGUGGCCUUGCUGCUGGCCAUCGUCGGGAUCGCCUCCAGCUGCGGCACCGGCGGCAAGACCGGCCGGGAGGGAGACGCUGCCCGGGCCCCGGCCCCGGCCCCGGCCCCGGCCCCGGGCGAAUUGGAAGCGGAUGGAGCUUCGGAAGAGGCGGCGAAGGGCGUGUGCCUCCUGGAAACACAGCGUCAACUCACUGCCAACACUCAGGAGAGCUUUAUGCCAGAGCCUGGUGUCAAUCAUGGAGCCUUUUGUACAGUUGCCUUUCAUCAAGAUAGCAAGACCAUUGCAUAUCCUGGACAAGAUGUAUUUAGUGGAAAAGACAGUGGGAAAGGAGAUAGUGACUUCAAUGAUAGUGAUUCUGACUUGAGUGGUGAUGGAUCAAGAAAAGGACAUACAAUAAUCGAUCAAAAGCAAAAUGAUGUGUUCCCCUGUCAUAAAAGCCAAACGCCUUGCAGUUCUAACCCGUAUUACAACUUGACCUCUCAAACAACAGAAUGUGGAAAAUUCUCUUCACACUCAAAACCGAGCCAAAUGGUUGCUUAUUCUUCAAUGCCUACAACAUUACUGCAUUCAUCUAGUGGUGAAGUCACUUCGGUUUUGCAGGAUCCGUCCUUAAAGUAUACUCGGCAGUAUGGCCACGUAACCAGGUUGGAAUCUCAAACUUCUGAAAGUGUUUUGUCCAGAGAAUCUGGAAGGACAGGAUCCUCAUUUCAUCCACCUGUGAUACAGAGAUCCAUUAAAGCAACUUCAUCAGCAUAUAACACUUCUGGACAUAGAUACCAAACCAGCUAUCUUAACACUGCCCACUCUGAAGUGGCUACGUCGUUUUGAACUCUCAAACAAAUAGUGGUGUCAUUUGUUCAAUUACAUUGGCAAUAAUUGCCAUUAAUGUGCAAUAUAUUCCUUUCUAGGAGAAAGUGAGGACUGCAGAUGCUGGGGAUCAGAGCUUAAAAAUGUGUUGCUGGAAAAGUGCAAUAGGUCAGGCAGUAUCAAAGGAGCAGGCGAAUUGACUUUUUGAGCAUAAGUCCUUACACCCUCCUCGUUCCCGAAGAAGGGCUUAUGCCUGAAACGUCGAUUCUCCUUCUCCUUUGCUGCCUGACCUGCUGCGCUUUUUCAGCAAUACAGUUUUAAAAUAUAUUCACUUCUGCCUGAGUCUACUUUUUGACAUCUUUUGGAUAAGAAACUAUGACCUUGUAUAAGCUGUAAUGGAAUGUUUACAAUUAGUUUUUUUUAAUUUUGUUUUGGAACUUAGUUCCAUUUUAUAAUAUUCUGUGAACUCCUAAAUAUUAUUCAAACUAGCAAUUAUGUGAAGAAAAGUUGAUUUAUCAACAUGACAUGAUUUUCAACUUUUAAAUAUCUACUGUAGCUAAGAAUGAAGCCUAAUCUUCUGUUUUUUGAAAAUAUGGGAUGAUUAGGUUACCUCCUUCAAUUAAGUUGGAAACACUUUUUUUCAUAAUUCUAUUGGAAUAUGCAAUUCAGUUACUGUGUACUUUAUAGUUCGGUAAGUCAUUUCCAGUUGGAUAAUUUCUUCCAUAUGGAGUUAGACUAGAUUUUAGCAAUAGGAUGGGUUGCUAAAACAGCAAGUACAUUGCUUUAAACAUAGCAAACUGUGGAAACAGAAAGUAGCAGUUUUAUACUAUUAUAACAAUAUAUUGAAAUACAAAUACAUAAAAUAUUUUGAAAAAAGUCACGUUACUGUUCAGUGAUAACUUUUUGUCCAAAAACUGGUAGCAGGGAACAGAUCAACUCAUUUUCCCUUUUCAAUGCUUCACUGAAAGGUGCAGAGAAAGUGGGUGAAGUCUAGAAAAUGUUAUUUUCUUCUCAGCAGCCGAUCAAAGGGAACAAAAUGUAAAAAAACUAUCUAAAGAAAAUUGGGCAAAGGAUGUGUUGAAGGUUUUAUAAAAGAAAAAUCACUGAAUACCCACGAUACACUACACUAAUUCAUGCCAGACUAGCAAUGUAAUAAUAGCAACUAAUGUGUCAAAUAGUAACAGGAUGAGCACAUUUGAUCACCAGGCUUGAUCUGUUUACAACCCUGCGUGAAGAAGUUUCUCCUCAUCUGUCCUAAACAUCUGUCUGAGCCCUGUGUUCUCGGACUAAAACCUAGUUUUAAAUUUCAUUAUUGUGAUAAACACCCUCUAGCACCCACUUUUCAUUAUCUUUAAGAAUUUUUGCUUCAUUUUGAUUCACCUGUCUUUCUUGCAAAUUCUGGGAGAAAGAAGCCUUUC